UCAAAUAUAAAAAUUUAAGAAGAAUUAGAUGAUAAACAGCGCAAAAAUGAAAAGAUUAAGCUAUACAAGGUGUUAUUUGUGUUUUUUUCUCUUUUCAAAAUUCGAAAAACCAAGGAUUUAUGAGUUUUAUGAAUUAAAAUAUAAAUACAAGAGUAGUUUAACAAGAUUUUCAACAUAUUCAAGAGUUUUACAAUCAAAUCCAAAGAAAUCAGAUGUUUCUGACUCUUUAAAAUCAGAAAUAGAAGCUUAUGAAAACUUCCAUAAGGGAGAAAGUGAUAAUUUAUCAUUAAAACGUCCAGCAUCACUCCUGGGAACAUUUUCCAAAAAUAGAAGAAGAGCAACUCAUAGAGAGCGUAGAUCUGGAGUCGCUGUUAGAUAUUCCUAUGAGCCAGAAAUCCCGGAUUGGUUUUUAGAAAAAAAUGUUUUUUUAUAUGGAUCUAUUAAGUCAAAAAAAACAGAAUUUAAGUUAAACAACAAUUUUUCUGAUCCAGAUUUAUAUAAUAUAAAUGUUCUUGAAGAUACCUUUGCAGUUACUAAAAAUCUAAUUCUUGAAUUAAUUUCUCAUUUGAAUACGUCAUUUAUUCUUAAUCCUGAGAAAAAAAAUGAAAAUAAUUCUUCUAGAAAAGCAAAUCUUAUGUUAACAUGUCCUAUAAAAGGAUCUAUUUAUUUUUUGGAUGCUAUAGUUCAUGAAAUUUCAAAUUUACUUGAAGCAGAUCUUAUAAAAAUAAGUCCUCAAGAUUUAGAGGAUUUAGUAGGCGAUAUUUUUGAAGAGGAUCGCAUUGGGAUAUUUAACUCAAAAACUUUUGGAAACCUUUCUUUUGCAGGUCAAAAUAAAAAACUAUUAAUUCAAGAGAAUGAAGAAAUCGAUGAGGAAGAUGAAGAGACUGAAGGAGAUGAUGAUAUAUCAGGGGUAAAUUUAAAUCAUAGUGUGGGAAAAAAAAUUGUUUUGGGACCAGUUCUUCAAAUUCUUACAGCCUCUUUACCAAAAAGUCCAAAUAAUACAGGAUUUCAAGAUAUAAAUAAGACAUUAAAGCCUACUCAGAACAAUAUAGGAUUUCAUGGAAAGCUUUCUUUAAUUUUAUCAAAGCUAUCAAUUUCGAAUCUAGAAAAACAAAAAAAACUUUUUUCAUCGACUUUAUCUACAGAAAAAACAAAUACAUUUUCUCAAAACAAAACCAUUAUUUAUGUUCAAGAAUACUCUUCAUUAAUUAAUAGCAUUUCUGGAAACUAUGUUUUAAAAAUCUUACGAGAAGCAAUUCAUGCUAGACGUAAAAAGGGUGAAAAUAUUGUUAUUAUAGCAGGCUCUCAUAAAGAAAAUAUUGAACAUCCAAAUAGUGUAUUAUGUGAUGAUAUACUUUUGACAAUUGAUCAAUUUUAUCGAAAUAUAUUUAUAGUCCCAGUAGUGAAAUCAAAAAAUCAAGAUAAUUUAAAUAUAGAUGAAACAUUUAUUAAGCACAAAGCUAGGCGUAUUAAAGAAAUAAAUAUAAGACAUCUAAAUUCCCUUUUAAGACGACGAUGCGGAAUUAAAUUUGAAUUAGAUAUUUCUAAAUUUCUUGACAGCGAUUCAGAACUUUUUCCUAACAUACAAGACGAAAUAUGGUCAUUUGAUUUUAUACAUAGAAUAAUUUCUAUUGCUAUAGGUCUCUAUAAAAAUUCUAAAGAUAAACAAGAAACAAUAUCUCUUGAUAUAUUAGAUCUAUCUAAUGCAAUGAAAUUAAUUAAAGAAAAUGAUGAACUAAAAGAAUCAUGGAAAGCCACACUAAAAUAUCAGCAAGAAAAGUGGAAACAAAGACAAUUUGAAGAUAAGAAGGAAGAAAAAUUUAUCAAUUUUAACAACUUAGAUUGCAACAAAUAUGAAAAAAGAUUACUUCCAGGUGUUGUUAAUCCAGAAAUGAUCACUGUUGGGUUUGAAUCUGUUAGAGUUCCAUCUUCUACUAAGAAUAUUCUUCAAACACUUAUUUCUUUACCUCUUAAAGAACCAGAUGCUUUUAAUUUUGGAGUUUUGUCUCAUAAUAGAAUAUCAGGAGUUCUUCUUUUUGGCCCACCUGGAAGUGGUAAAACAUUGUUAGCAAAAGCUAUUGCAAAGGACUGUGGUGCAAGGGUUUUAGAAAUUAAAGGAAGUGAAAUCUUUAACAUGUAUGUCGGAGAAGGAGAAAAAAAUGUUAAAGCUAUUUUUUCUUUAGCACGGAAAUUAAAUCCUUGUGUAGUUUUUAUUGAUGAAGUAGAUGCUAUAUUUGCUUCAAGAAAAUCAGAUUAUAAUAAUCCAUCACAUAGAGAAGUAAUUAACCAAUUCAUGUCAGAAUGGGAUGGAUUAGUUAGUCAAAAUUCAGGAGUUAUCAUUAUGGGUGCUACAAAUAGGCCUUUUGAUUUAGAUGAAGCCAUAAUAAGAAGAAUGCCCAAAAGAAUUUUAGUUGAUCUUCCAACAGAAGAAGAUAGGAAAGAAAUCCUGAAGAUUCACCUUAAAGAUGAAACAUUGGCUAAAGAUGUUGAUUUUGACGAACUAUCUCAAAAAACCGUUUUUUUUUCAGGAUCAGAUUUAAAAAAUCUUUGUGUUUCAGCAGCACUUGAAUCAAUAAAUGAAAAUUUGCAAAACAACAAUUCUAAAAAACCCUAUUCAAGAAUUUUAAAAAAAUCACAUUUUGAAAAAGCUUUAAAUGAAAUCACUAGCAGUAUAAGUGAUGAUAUGAGUAGUUUAAUUGAAUUAAGAAAAUGGGAUGAAAAAUAUGGAAAGAAAAAAAAUAUAAUUAGGAAAACAUGGGGUUUUGGAGAUAUUAAUGUUUCAGAUUCAUUGAAAGGACGUGUUCGUAAACCUGAUAAUUUGUAA